GAUAUGAUGUUUAAACCAAACAAAUUGUUAUUAGAAAAUAAACAAUGUCCAUGAGUAUAAAUAUAAAAGUGAUAUAUUUUCAUUUGUUUACUUGUUAGAAAUUCAGUGUAAUAAAGUGCAUUAUGUCUACAUCACUAGAAGUGGAAGACAACAUAACUGUUUACAACACUCUCAGAGAUUUAUGUAAAGAAAGUAUUGACUAUUUUACAAACGAUGAGAAAAAUAAAUUUGCACCAUUAGCAAAUUCUUUUAGUCAACUUUUUGAAAAUAUUGGUUCCAUAUUGCCAUUUAUACAUGAACUACGUAAUGUCUGUCAUUUAUAUGACUUCGAUCCGUCUAUACCAGGAAACGGUUAUCGUAGCUAUGUUACUGCUGUUGAUUUAUUUAUUGCUCAUUGCAUAAAAAUUUGCAAUCAAUUAACUGCAAACAGAGAUUCUUUUUUUUUUCGUAGAACAUUUUAUGCAAAAGAAAUAGAAGCAUGUAAUCAAGUGAUGAGUGCUUUGGUAUUGUGUUUAGAGAAUUUGUGUCUUUUAAUUGGAUGGAGUGAACCAGGUAUGCUGUUUGCUGGAAAUGAUAGCGCUGCUUUAGAUUUAAUGAUGAAAAUCGAACCAUCAAAACUAUGUGCUUUUUAUGGGCGUUGCCUAGCUUUCCAAUUUGAAGAAUCUCUGCAGCCUGCUUUAAAAACAAUAGCCAUCAUGAUGGCAUCUUUUAGUGAAGUUUAUUAUAAUGAAAGCAGUAUGUUAGCUAGAGCUAGUACUGCAUGGAAUUGUAGCAAAUAUAUGUUAAAUCCAGAGCUAAGAGCUCGAAGACUUGUUAAUCUUAUUCAAUAUUCUUCAAUAGAAUUUUACAAAGCAUUUUUAUUUCUUGGUGAAACUGAAUUAUUAAAAAGUUUACCUAAUCUGGUAUCGCCUGCUGUUUCUGUAAAUCGUUUAAUAGCUAUUCCAAGUAAACCUAUUUUAUAUCUAAAGCCAGACGGACAACUGUACGAACUUCAACCACCUAAAUGUCAUACGGGAUCAGCCCCUUUGAAUGUACGACUAAUUUCAAAAGUUAGACGUGAAGGCAUGCUUGCAGAAAACCCUGGUGCUGGUUUAUUACCAGAGCCUUGUGAAUAUCUUAUUAUUCAUUGUCAUGGAGGUGGUUUUGUAUCUCAAAGUUCUAGUUCACAUGAGUCCUAUUUAAGAGAGUGGGCUGUACGGUUGGACAUGCCUAUACUAUCAGUUGAUUAUUCUCUUGCGCCAAGAGCACCUUAUCCAAGAGCCAGAGAAGAACUUUUAUUUGCAUAUAUUUGGGCAUUAAAUAAUGUAGCAUACUUAGGCUCUACGGCAAAGUAUGUAAUAAUGGCAGGUGAUUCUGCUGGUGGAAAUUUAAGUGCGUGUGUGGCUCUUAAAUGUAUAGAAAUGGGAUUAAGAAUACCAGAUGGACUUUUUCUUGCUUAUUUUCCUUGUCUCAUUGCUUGGUCACCAACACCUGCUAGAUUUCUAAGUUUAAUCGACCCAUUAAUACCUUUAGGCUUUAUGACCAAUUGUUUAAAAGCAUACGCGUGUCCACCUGAAAAAUAUCGUGACAGCAUAUAUGAAUAUAAAUUAAAGAAUAUUGCUAAAUCUAAAGAUGAUUUAGCAAAUGGAAUUGUAAUUGAGGAAGGAAUAGAAUCAAGUGAGGAAGCUUUGGAACUUAUUUCAUCUAAUGAAGAUGAAAAUUUGUCAUCAGUACCUCAUGUUGAAGAGGUCAUUAUGGCUGCACAUCAAAGGCGACAAUCUAAACGAUUAUCCUCUAUUUUAACUAAUACUGCAGAAAAUAUUUCUUCAACUAUUAGUAAUACAUUUUUAACAUUAACUAAAGGAAAUACAGAAGAAGACAUAAGUGAUGGAGAAGAUGCUUUGGAGGAAGUGGUAGAAGAAACUCAUAUACCAAUUGAUUUACCCAAAUUACCUGAAGAUCCAUUUCUAUCUCCAUACUUAGCUGGUGAUGACUUAUUUAAACAGUUACCUAUUGUUCACAUUGUGACUGUACACAUGGAUCCGUGCCUAGAUGAUUGUGUUAUGUUUGCUAAACGAUUAAAAGAACUUGGGAAAAAAGUAAAAUUGGAUAUUCUCAAAGGACUUCCACACGGAUUUUUGAAUUUGGCCAUAACUUGCAAAGAAGCACACGAAGGUUCAUUAUUAUGUGCACAAAGAAUUAAAGAAUUAUUUGAAGAUAUAAAAACUUCAGACUCCUAGUCCAAUUUAACAACUUCAAAAAAAUGUAUGAAUUAUGUAAUUUACUAUAUUAACGCUUUCCAAACUUCUUUAACCUCUGAUUGCUUCUAUGUCUGUGCUAUCCUAAACGUUUUGCUAGUAAGCUUUCAGACCGACCGUUAUCAGAAACUUAUCAACCCUCAAGUGACACCCGCCCAGUCGACUUCGCGGCCAACACCCUCGUCCAGCGUACUUCAUAAAAAAAAUUCAAAAAUGACUUCGCUAAAAACGUUUGAAGAUGAAGAUAAAGAAAGCUCCUAUGGAUUUGUUUUUGCGGUUUCUGGACCUGUUGUUACCGCUGAAAAGAUGUCUGGUUCCGCUAUGUACGAGCUGGUUCGAGUUGGUUAUUUUGAGCUUGUUGGGGAAAUCAUUCGUUUAGAGGGUGAUAUGGCCACUAUACAAGUUUAUGAAGAUACUUCUGGUGUUACUGUUGGUGAUCCUGUCUUAAGGACUGGCAAGCCAUUAUCAGUAGAGUUGGGCCCAGGGAUUAUGGGAAGCAUUUUUGAUGGUAUUCAACGGCCAUUAAAAGACAUCAAUGAACUAACCCAAAACAUUUACAUCCCAAAGGGUGUUAAUAUACCUGCUUUGGCCCGUAACGUCUCUUGGGAAUAUAAUUCAUCUAAUAUCAAAAUUGGUAGCCACAUAACAGGUGGUGACCUUUUUGGUAUUGUACAUGAAAACACUCUUGUAAAACAUAGAUUAAUGUUACCACCUAGAGCAAAAGGAACAGUGGUUUUCCAAGCACCACCUGGAAACUACAAAGUUGAUGAUAUAAUAUUGGAAACGGAAUUUGAUGGAGAAAAGUCAUCAUUCACUAUGUUACAAGUAUGGCCAGUACGUCAACCCCGUCCAGUUACUGAAAAACUGCCUGCAAAUUAUCCUCUUUUAACUGGGCAACGAGUACUUGAUUCUUUAUUCCCCUGUGUACAAGGUGGUACAACUGCCAUUCCUGGAGCUUUCGGUUGUGGUAAAACUGUGAUAUCCCAGGCCCUAUCCAAAUACUCAAACUCUGAUGUCAUCAUAUACGUAGGUUGUGGUGAACGUGGUAAUGAAAUGGCUGAGGUAUUGGGUGAUUUUCCGGAAUUAUCAGUAGAAAUUGAUGGUGUAACAGAAUCAAUCAUGAAAAGAACAGCUCUUGUUGCCAACACCUCUAACAUGCCUGUAGCUGCACGAGAAGCUUCUAUUUAUACAGGUAUUACAUUGUCAGAGUAUUUCAGAGAUAUGGGUUACAAUGUCUCUAUGAUGGCUGAUUCAACGUCUCGUUGGGCUGAAGCAUUGCGUGAGAUAUCAGGUCGUCUUGCUGAAAUGCCUGCUGAUAGUGGGUACCCUGCUUACUUGGGUGCUCGUUUAGCAUCAUUUUAUGAACGUGCUGGCCGUGUGAAAUGUUUGGGUAACCCAGAGCGGGAAGGUUCUGUUAGUAUAGUCGGAGCUGUGAGUCCUCCUGGAGGUGAUUUCUCCGAUCCAGUUACAUCCGCUACAUUAGGUAUUGUACAAGUGUUCUGGGGAUUAGACAAAAAAUUGGCCCAACGUAAACAUUUCCCUUCCAUCAAUUGGCUUAUAUCAUACAGUAAAUAUACGAGAGCGUUGGAUGACUUCUACGACAAAAAUUUCCCAGAGUUUGUACCAUUAAGAACUAAAGUAAAGGAAAUUUUGCAAGAAGAAGAAGAUUUAUCAGAAAUUGUUCAACUGGUCGGUAAAGCAUCACUUGCAGAAUCUGAUAAAAUCACAUUGGAAGUUGCUAAAUUAUUGAAGGACGACUUCUUACAACAAAACAGUUAUUCGCCUUAUGAUCGUUUCUGCCCAUUCUAUAAGACUGUUGGCAUGUUAAGAAAUACAAUUGCAUUUUAUGACAUGGCUCGUCAUGUUGUGGAAUCAACAGCUCAAUCUGAAAAUAAAAUAACAUGGUCUGUAAUCAGAGACAGUAUGGGCAAUAUACUCUACCAAUUGUCGUCAAUGAAAUUCAAGGACCCAGUUAAAGAUGGUGAAGCAAAAAUUCGGGCUGAUUUUGAUCAAUUAUAUGAUGAUAUACAGCAAGCCUUUAGAAAUCUAGAGGAUUAAUUCAUUUUGUAAUGUCUCGUUGUUCAAAAAAGUUUGUAAAAAAAAAAAAAAAAGUAAUAUAUCUAAUAAUAAUUUGUUGUUGUUUCCUCCAGCUUUUCAUCAAAUUGCACACAUCAUAGGUAUGAAACUGGUGAAGGAUGUAAAAUUCUUUUUAUUCAUAAUCUUGUUAUUAGUAUCAUUAAGAAUUAUUUAAAAAUCUUCUUUUCACCAUUCCAUUUACGUAGCUUUCUCUUUUAUAGUAGUAGAGUUAUUAUUUUAUAAUUUAUUUUUAGAUUCGACAAUAAGACGUAUCAUGUGAAUUUUAUAAAUUCAAUUUCUUUAAAAUAAAAACAUUUAAAAAGAUAAAUACAUCUACCAUCAUGUAAAUAAUAUUUGUAUUACCAAAUUUGCCUUUCAUAAUAAUAUAAAAUAAUGUUUAUUAUCUUUGAAUAUUUUCUUUUUACAAGGGAGUAUUUAAACUUCAAACCAAAUUACUCAUUAUUAAUAUUUGGCCAACAAACAUUUUUUAUUUAGUCAAGUUAACUAAAUUAGCAUUUAUUUUCUUUAAACCCU